AUGAGCGAAGAGGAGAAGCGGAGCCUGCUCUGCUAUCGGGAUUAUAUCGUGGAGACGCUGAAGCCUGCGUAUGUCGUGAGCUACAUGAAGGAUUGGCUCAGCGAUGAGACUGUGGAGGAAAUCCAAAGUCAUAAGGAGAAGCCCACCAUUGCUGCGGGGUUAUUUCUUGACUCGAUUGUACAUCUCACGGAAGAAGGAUGGUUCCGUGGAUUCUUGGACGCGUUGAAUACAGCAGGUUAUACCGGCCUCCGUGAAGCCAUUGAAAAUUGGGAUUUUAAGAAGAUUGGGAAGCUGCAAGUUCACAGGAAGUUGCUGAAUCGAAUUCUGCCCUCUUUGAGGGAAAUUGAUGCGGCUCAGAUACUACUCCACAUGGAUGAAUGCCUCAUACACGAGGAGGUUGAAGAAAUUCGACAGGUUAAAAGGAAUGAAGGAAAUGCAGCGGGUAUAGGGAAGCUUGUAGAAUGCCUCUGUAGGUCGGAUAAGGAAAACUGGCCCAAAACUUUCCAACUGGCGUUGGACCGGAAUGGAUAUUACGACCAAAGUGAGCUGUGGAAUUUGAACGAAGGUAGUGUCGAUAACACCUGUGUGGAAAUGAGAGACGAGGACGAGGGAGCCUGUGCUGUUGAUAUCAAUAUACAAUUUUCUGAAGAAGCGGAAUCGGACAAUUUUAGCGCGAGCCCGGGUUCCUCGUCGUUGGGUCCUUGCCCCCGAUCCGUUUAUGUUCCAAAGGAGGCCAGGAGUUACCAGACUGAACUUGCCCAGCCUGCUCUCAGUGGCAAGCAUACCAUCAUCUGUGCCCCUACUGGUUCUGGGAAGACUUUUGUGUCUAUUAUGAUAUGUGACCAUCACCUCCGCAACAUGCCUCCUGGACGGAAGGGGAAAGUGGUCUUCCUCACUACUAAAGUCCCAGUCUAUGAACAGCAGAAGAAAGUCUUCGAGGAAUAUUUCAAGGGAAAAUUCAGUGUUGCAGGCCUGUGUGGGGAAAGUGCAGUGGAUGCCCCUUCGGAUAUGAUUAUCGAGGCGAACGAUAUCACCAUCAUGACGCCUCAGAUUCUCGUGAAUUGCCUCAACUACGGAAAGCAAGCUUCCCUCUCGUCGUUCACGCUGAUGGUUUUCGACGAGUGCCACAACACGACCGGGAAUCACCCUUACAGCGUGUUGAUGUCCAAGUACUUGGACCUUAAAUUUGAGCAAGCCGCAACACCGCUGCCUCAGAUUGUAGGACUGACAGCCUCUCUUGGAGUUGGCAGUGCCAAGAGCCUGGGUGAGACGGUGGAAUACAUUUGCAAGAUCUGUGCUAUGCUGAAUGCCGAAGUUAUAUCGACAGUCAGAGAAAACAUAAAGGACCUGGAGGAAGUUGUCUACAAGCCCCAAAAAUCGACUUGGCUCGUGAAGAAACGUCCCCAAAACCGCUUUGUCACCAUUAUUGCAGACAUGAUGUCUGCAACUGAGAGCCUAGCAAGAAAACUCUAUGCUAUAGAUGCUUUGUCUCACAUUAAAAGUCGGUGUUUUGGAACCCAGAAAUAUGAGCAAUGGAUCGUCGAUGUGCAGAAGAAAUGCCGAGUGUUGCAGCUGCCAGACAAGGAGGAAGAAAGUCGCGUUUGCAAGGCUCUCUUUAUUUACACAGAGCACCUUCGGAAAUACAAUGACGCCCUCAUUAUCAACGAAGAUGCACGAACUCAAGAUGCACUCGCUUACCUGAAGGAGUUCUUUGAGAAUAUCCGAAGUGGAGGCUUUGAUGAAAUAGAGGAGAAGCUGACAUUGGAUUUUGAAGCUAAAUUGCCAGAGCUGUGUAAAGAUGCUCAGGAUGAAUCCAAUGAAAAUCCCAAAUUGGAAAGGGUCACUUUUAUUCUGGAAGAAGAAUACCGCCUCAACCCACAGACACGGACUAUUCUCUUUGUGAAGACGAGGGCACUAGUAGCUGCAUUGAAGAACUGGAUAGAAGAGAACCCCCAACUUCAACACCUAAAGCCAGACGUAUUGAUGGGCCGUGGGAAAAGAAAUCAGCAAACAGGUAUGACACUCCCGAAUCAAAAAGGUGUCUUGGACUCCUUCAAAACUGAUGGGGACAGCAAGAUGCUCAUAGCGACAUCUGUUGCCGAUGAAGGGAUAGAUAUUGCUCAGUGCAACCUCGUUCUUCUGUACGAAUAUACGGGCAACGUCAUCAAAAUGAUACAAGUCCGAGGACGCGGAAGAGCCAAAGACAGUAAGUGCAUCCUUGUGACGAGCAAAAAAGAACAGGAGGAGAACGAGAAAUAUAACAUCUUAAAGGAAGAGAUGAUGAACCAAGCCAUCGAGAGAGUGCAGAAGUGGGACGAGGAGACAUUUGCACAGAAGAUAAGCGAGUUGCAGAAGAUACAAAAGAAAAUUCAAGAUUCCAAGAAGAAGGAGCCUCAGCCCAAGCUGCAGACGGGCAAGCGGAAAUUGUUGUGCGGGAAGUGCAAAGCACACGCUUGUGACGUGGAAGACAUCCGGGUGCUUGAGGUAGCUCACCACACUGUCAUAGAUAAGAACUUCAGGAACCGGUAUAUAACAAAGGCUCAUAGCAAACCGAUCCACUGGGGUCACUUUGAGAAGAAAAGCAAGAUAUACUGCAGCAAUGCCAAAUGCCACCAUGACUGGGGCAUCGCAGUGAAGUACAAGGCAUUUGAGGACAUACCCAUCAUAAAAAUCGAGAGCUUUUCGGUAUACGACGUCGUCAAGGGGAAGCAGGAUUAUUUCCGGAAAUGGAAAGAAGUUAAUUUUGCGCUGAAAGAAUUUGACUUUGAAGAAAUGUCCGAUUAAAAUGCAGAACGGGCCAAGCUACUUGUGGAACCUUUGUUCUGAACGAACAAGCAGGCCACCUUCCAUUUUUACAACUAUUAAAGGGGAAGGCUAACAUUGAGUGCAUCUGCUGUUAAUUGUAUUAAACUCUGCGUUUUAUCAUUGCAAUUACUGUAGAAGCUUCCUUUGGUGUAUUUU